UGAGGUUAAGUCACGUCGCUGACAGCUUCCACUUUUAAAGUUUUAUAAUUAGUGCUGAAGUAAACAAUCUAGUGGACGCUUUGGGCUGUUACAAUGGGCGGCAAGCACAAGCCCGCCCAAAGAAUCAAGAACAAUGCGAGGCCUUCCAGCAGUGGGCGCAGCGCCGAGUUGCUGGCGUCCUCCUCACAAGUGCCCCAAUUCGCCGCAGUUAAGGAGAUCCGGUUUGUGCCCCCGACCCUGUCUUUGCUCAAAACGGAGGAAUUUGACUCGUCCGUGUCGCCAGCGUUUCAGAUCGUAUUCAAGAAAAUGAACAAAAAGGACUGCACCACUAAAUUAAAAGCCUUGCAGGAGUUUUGCGACCUAAUCGCGAGUUCCGAGGCGGAGGCUGUUAAGACGAUCUUGGCGUUUUGGGCCACGCUGUAUAGCAUUUUGGCCACCGACACGGAUCAUAGGGUGCGGGAGGCGGUGCACAACGCCCACCAUCAAAUCAUUUUGAAGGAUAAAAAAAUGAUAGCCCCCUUUUUGAAACAGUUGAUAGGGCCCUGGUUCACCUCACAGUAUGAUAAUUAUCCGCCGGCGGCCACGGCCGCGUCUAAAGCUUUCAACGCCGCGUUUCCGCAAAACAAGGUCCAGGAUUGUGUGGUGUUUUGCCAAAAGGAAAUCUUGACGUACAUUUACGAUAAUUUGACUUCGAAAAUUGAAUCUAAUCCUAAACAUGGCACAAAUGAGGAUGCUGAAGCGAAAUUUGAGAGAAUCAUUAUUUCGAGUCUUCAAGGCUACUGCCUCUAUUUGAAUACACUGACUCAGGAACAGAUCGAGAAAAGUGAGGAUUUGAACAAGCAAAUUAUAAGUAAUUCAAGGUUUCUUAAAUUGGCAACGCAUAAAACGGCACAAAUUCGGGCCACUUGGUUCAAAGCCGUUGCGAUUUUGUACCAAAAAGCCCCAUUUUUGUUAGAAGAGGAACAUAAGAAUUUUGUUCCGGUUGUUUUCAAUAAUUUGGAUGAGAGUGAACCCCCUGUUGUGGGUUCUGUGUGGGAUGCGGCUUUGCUCAUUAUGGAUUUAGGACAGGAAUGGUGGAAACUUAUCAACAUUGAAAAAAGUUACUUAUCAAAGUUGAAAAAAGUCCUAAGGGAAGGAGGCCAAGGCAACGCGACCGUUAUCUACCCUAAUCUAUUAUCACUUUUGCACAAGUUGCCCCCGUCUGUGCGUGUGGACCAAUUUUAUGACAGUUUUUUCGAAAAUUUACGAUGUGGAUUGAAGCGCAAAAGUGUGAUAAGUAGUCGAUCCGAGUCAACGGCUGUGGUCGCAGCCUUAGUAGAAUGUCUACAAUACGUGAUAUUAGUUAACCAAGAAAAUUGCGAUCUGUGCGUAAAAUUAAUAAAAUCGCAUUUGUUGCCUUUGAUUGAGUGGAGUUUGAGGGCGGAACAAGUCUGUUACCGCACUGUUUUCCACCAAAUCGCCCUUCUAGUGCAGUACUGGAACAGAAAUAAAAAUCUAGCCAAUUAUUCCGAAUAUUUGGCGUUGUUUUGGAGCAACGUUGUAACUUUAGUCGAGUCAGUGUCGAAGUUUGAGGAGGAAAAUGAGGAUUUGGUCGAUCGACAAAUCGUAUUUUUGCAACAUUUAAAAACAAUUGCCAAACCAAAAGAACAAUUGAAAGUGAAAUUUGAAGAAGAAGCGAGGAGUGAGUCGCACCUAGAGGGCGCCACACAAAUCGAUGCUUCGUACAACGAAAAUCUCACUUUGCUAGUCUACACUUUGCUCAAAACGUACGUUGUCCAAAUUGAAGAAAACAAAUCGAAAGUUUUAAUCCCGAAUGUUUACGCUGUGGUGCGUUUGUUCGAAAGUCGGGAAUUUCUCGUCGGUUUGAGCAGAAGUCUGUACCAGUCGGAUAAUUUGGUUACUGUUUAUGAUAAAUUGUUUGAGUGGUUAAAGUCGGAUGAAUUGUCCUGCGAGACUUUGGUCGAUUUGGCGUUUAUUCUUUUGAAUUAUGUUAACGAUGAUGAGAAAAAUGUGAUUUUGGAGUCGUUUUUGCAACUGUCCGAUCGUCAAUUGUUUGGCUGGUGUGUCAAAAAUGCGUUCUCACACCCCUACAACCAGGACUCCAGUGUCCAAAGUUGGAUCAAGCGGUCGGAAGUUGGACGUUUUUUGGUGUCUGUUGCUGAUUGUAAUUUAAAAAUUGAUUGCCCGCCCGAUUUGAAGGUUUUAUUCAAGUUGGCGUUCGCCGAAAAUGAGGAUGGAGAAUUAUUAAUUGACAAAAACACUUUGAACCAAAUAAUUGAGAAAGUGCGAGCUCCGCUUCUUGAGCCCCGCAGUUUUGAGGUCGCGAUUGAUUCCUGCGUCCAUCUAGCGUCCUACAUUACCGGCACCAUCUACACCGAAAACACCCUGUUAAAGUUCGGAGAAGACUUACUAUUGGCCCUUUUCCAAUUCUCCUGCAACGACCACACAGAUUUGGAGUUUUUGACUGACGAUACGGAAUGGGAGGUGAAUACGGCGUGGCAAGACGUUGUAAUGAUUUUUGCGAAGAAUUUGCCCAAAAACGAAUUGCAAAAUUUGAACGGAAAAUUCGCCGAUUUGGUUGAGGAAAAUUUCUUGGGAAAAUUCCCAACAGACGUAAAUACGAAUUGUUUGAUCCAAACUAUAGUUAGUUUCAUCAAGGCGGUUCUGAACGGCCAACCCUUUAUGGCGUCUGAAGUGCUUCGUUUGUUUUUCGAACGAUCGUUUGUACCAACUUGGAAAAACAAAAUCGAGGAUUUGUGCCUCCAAGCUGAGUACUUAACUGGGAGUUUAAGCAGGCCUGAAAAUUACAAAAAAGAAACUUCCCAAGUGAGUCAGGAAGAAAUUUUGAAAUAUUUCGUUUGGAGUUUUAUCAAAAUAUCAGUCUUGUCGUCACCGCUGGAAGAAGAUGAGGAAGAAAACGCACCAAAAGACAUCAUUUACGUAACUGAUGACCAGAAACAAUUAAUUAUGGAUGUCCUUUAUGACCUCACCAUGUGUCAAUCGUUUCUUACAAACUACAAAAUUACGAAACAUUACAAAAAUCUGUCACAAUAUUACGACUUUAUCAAGGAGAAAACCACACAAACACUUGAAAAAAUACAAAUUGGUGACGAAAUGACCGAACUGUUCAUCUCGCAACUGAACUCAAAUUCGGGCCUUUGGUCUAAAGUCAUUUACUUGUACAACCAAGAAAUUUUCGAUAAACCGCCACAAGAAACCUUCAAAACAUACCACAACCAAACCACAAGUGACUUAAGCCAACUUCAUUUGGUCCAACUCUACGGCCCGCACCUGGAUUUCGACCAUGUAGCCACAUCAUCAGUACUUAAUGACGUCGUAAUCCUCCGGAGUCUCGCACAUUGCGACGAAAUCGAUGUCCAAAUAGCGGAAAUUUUUGAAAAAAUUAAGAAAUUGCGAAAUCGGGACAUCCCCAAGUUUCUGUUUGAAAACAGCAAAGAGCGGACUUGCGCCGAGUCUGAGGUCGUAAUCGAAGUGAUUCGCCUAUUCACUAGACUGAUCAAAGUGAAGUUUGAGAAUUUGAGUCGGCAACAUUGGGACUUUGGUGUUAUUUCUCUAGCUUCCUGGGCUUCGAAUUGUUGCAAAUUUCGCAGUGGUUACGACAGUGGGAAAAACCAAGCGUUCAUGGUCGCAAUUUCUGAAUUUUACAUCGCUCUGAACGAAAAAAUCAACGAAUUGAAGAGGAAUAACGUCAAGAGUGGGUUUGUGGACGAGUGGGAGGAACUCUUCUUACCCAAUGUUCACCUAGAUUUGGUGCAAUUAUGGUUGUAUUUAGCCGAACAAUUUGCCUCAAAGACGUGCCUACUCGAUUAUCACCCGUUCUUGCAAGAGUUCGGCAAAGUUACCGAUCAUUUCGUUUACAAGCUGAUUUUCAGUAAAGAAAAUACGUUACCCAGUUGGUCGAAAAUUCUCAAACGCUGUGCAGUGCUACUUACAAAUUCGACGUCAAUUUUGCAACUUUGGGGAUACAAAAUGUUGCUAAUUCUAGUACCUGGGCUUAUAGAAAUCGAUUUACAGUCGGAUAGUAGUAGCACACCAAAUACCAAAGGGUUUACGAUUGGACAGUUCAAGGAAAUUUUAUUGCAAACGCAUAGUAUCGUAGAUGGCGUCCUUGCCGGUUUUAAGUUGGGCGAGGACAGCUGCCAAGUUACCCCAUUUACAGAUUCCUACACUUACGUGUUUGCUUAUUUACUCCUCUGGGGGGUUUUGCUUAGCAUGUGUGAAAAAUCAACACCCGAGUUGAGGUACCAAUACGCCGAUUGGUUCCGAAACGAUGAUUAUUUCAAGUCACUCUUGAACAACUUGUUUAAGUUAAUGCCGACUGAAAUUUUGCAUUACAGUGAGGGUAAAACUAAAGCUUUCAGUAAGCUGUUCUCGCAAAAUCCCGGUCUUGGUUUCAAAGAACCCUGUACUAGUGAACAGUUGGAACACAUCGUCUGUUGGAUUUAUUCGUUCUGUUUGGCCCAAUUACCGGCUUUGGUGCGUCAGUGGUGGUCACAAACUGAGACAAAAGUGACUCAAAUAGUCGAAAAAGUGACAGCGUUUUACGUUUCGCCGCAAUUGUGCAACCAGGAGUUGCUCGAUAUAACCCAACACGAAAACAAAUUCAAAAAUAUGACGGUCAAAAUUGUGCCUUCAGUUCGUGAAGUGAUCGCGGUUUAUACCGUGGACGAGGCACAGAUGGAGCUAGUGGUAACUUUACCCCAAAACUACCCCUUAGGUGACCCUGAUGUGCGGUGCAGCAGACAAAUCGGGGGGCCCUUGCACAAGCAGUGGCUCAUGCAGUUGAAAAAAUAUCUAGUGCACCAAAAUGGCCGAAUUUGGGAUGGACUAUCACUGUGGAACAGCAGUCUUGAUAAGAAAUUCGACGGUGUUGAAGAGUGCUACAUUUGUUUCGCUGUUUUGCAUCCAGGGACUUACCAGUUACCGAAACUGACUUGUCAGACUUGUAAAAAGAAGUUCCAUUCGGCGUGUCUUUACAAGUGGUUCAGUACAAGCAACAAAAGUUCGUGUCCUAUUUGCCGAAACUUGUUCUAAUUUAAAUGUAAUACAUUAAUUACGUUGUAAAAAGAUUUAAAUAAAAGUUUUGUUAAUUAUAUUUGCUUUUUUUUUAUCUUAAACCUUGUCACUUUGUUUUGCAUAAAACGAAUUGUGUGACAAUGAUUAUUCACAUUUGAGAAAAAAAUGCGUCUCAUACUAUUGGUGGCUUUGCAUUUACAACUCUUGGUUGUAAAUGGACAACUUACUUGUCCUCCGACUGGUCUAAUUUGUGUAACACCCACUGCUUAUCAAUUUUGUAUAAACAUAGACGGUAAAAUAUUGUUGGUUGGGAGCAGAACGAGCUGUCCACCUGAUCAAACAUGUGACAGUACUACCGCUUUUCCGUGUGUGCCAAGCGAGACGACAACAGCGCCACCUACAACAUUACCGCCGACAACAGCGCCACCUACGACAGUAUCGCCCACAACAGCGCCACCUACGACAGUACCGCCCACAACAGCGCCACCUACGACAGUACCUCCGACAACAGCGCCACCUACGACAAUACCGCCGACAACAGCGCCACCUACAACCCCAGUCCCAGUUACAGCGCCUACUUGCAACCAAACUGCCAAUUUUCCGGGCCCUAGAUGCGACCAAUACUAUCACUGUCUUCAGGUCAUGUGGUGGUGGGAUUAUGAAGUGCUCACUUGUCCCAGUGGACAGGCGUUUGACCAAACAAGUGGUCAAUGUGCGAAUUCAACAACUUGUGUUACGAAUUAAAAAAGAUAUAACCGCCCUUGUUAAAUAAAAUCAGGUUUCUUCAA